AUGGAUAUUAGACCAAAUCAUACUAUUUAUAUUAAUAAUUUGAAUGAAAAACUCAAAAAAGAUGAACUUAAAAAGUCACUUUAUGCCAUAUUUUCUCAAUUCGGGCAGAUUCUUGACAUAGUAGCAUUAAAAACACUGAGAAUGAAAGGUCAAGCCUUUGUCAUAUUUAAGGAAAUUAAUUCUGCGACAAAAGCUUUAAUGUCAAUGCAGGGUUUUCCCUUUUAUGAUAAGCCAAUGAGAAUACAGUAUUGUAAAACGGAUUCUGAUAUAAUUGCAAAAAUGAAAGGCACAUAUUCUGAAAGACCCAAAAAGCCUAAAAAACCUGCACCUGUUGCAAGAGAAGAAGAUCCUGAGAAGAAGAAAGCUAAAAAGAAUGCCAAUAAAAUAGAUGGAAGGUUAGGAAUGGGUUUCGAUGGACUUCACGGAAUGGCACAAUACAAUGCUGCUGCAAUGUUGUCUAAUUUACAAGGUGUUGGUCCAGUGCCUGAACAGCCGCCUAAUCAAAUUUUAUUCUUAACAAAUCUUCCUGAUGAAACUAGUGAAAUGAUGCUUUCUAUGUUAUUUAAUCAGUAA